AUGGCGGACGAUGGCAUGCUCCUUAACUUCAGCUUGGGAGACGGUAUCAUAAACACCCAGCAGAAAUACAAGGGCGGCACAUGGAAGGACCGCCUCUCUGUAAAGAAAAUCGCACUCCACAGACAAAACAAAUCCAAUUCUGAAGAUCGGGAUAAUGCCAGACAGAAGGGUGGGCCAGGGAAUCCAAAUAGAGUUGAAAUAAUAUCCCCUCGGCCAUCGAAACGGCAGAGGGUGGAUGGCGAUUUUAAGCUGUCGAAUCGCACCGGAGGGCAAGUUACUGCUCCUAACACCGGCAGCAGUAAUACAAAACAGAAUCAAGCUCGCAAGAACCAGAAUCAGCCGCGCGAAAUUAUAUCGUCCCUUUUUUCAUUUAACCCCACCCCCACCUCUGCCGUUGAACCACCGAAACCAGAAAGAGAGUCCGAUGAACCCUCCAAGCCAUCCAACGCGCCCCUUAUCGACGGAAUCGACACGUUCACGUCGCUGGGGUUAUCGCCUACACUCGCAGCGCAUCUUAUGACAAAACUAGAGCUCAAAGCUCCAACCGCAGUUCAGAAGAGUGCCAUAUCACAGUUGCUGAAGGAGGAAUGCGAUGCAUUUAUACAGGCGCAGACUGGGUCGGGGAAAACGUUGGCAUAUCUACUUCCCUUGGUUCAGCGACUGAUCAACUUAUCAAAGACCAAUGGCAAAGCUUUUGGGCGGGGUGGUGGGGAGGAGGAUAAUAAUGCUGUACAUAGGGACUCCGGACUUUUUGCUAUUAUCUUGGCUCCUACGAGAGAGUUAUGCAAACAAAUAUCAGUCGUGCUGGAACAGUUACUGCGGUGCGCGCAUUGGAUUGUUGCGGGCACGGUUAUUGGUGGAGAGAAAAAAAAGUCCGAGAAGGCGAGGUUGAGGAAGGGGUUGAAUAUCCUUGUCGCUACGCCUGGCCGGUUGGCGGACCAUUUGGAAAACACGAAGGUGUUGAAUGUGAGUAACGUCAGGUGGCUGGUCCUUGACGAGGGUGAUAGGCUUAUGGAUUUGGGAUUUGAGGAAGAGAUUCAAGGAAUUGUGAAGAAGUUAGAUGAGAGGCAAAAAUCAAAUGGUAUCCUUGGCUUGCCUACCAAGAGAGUUACGAUAUUGUGUUCGGCAACUUUGAAGAUGAAUGUUCAGAGGCUGGGAGAGAUAAGUCUCAAGGACGCUGUACAUGUUCAGGCUGAUCCAGAUGAUGAAAGCAAUGAGGCAACGGCGAAGAAUAACGCUAAUAACUCUGAGUUUUCCGUACCCGCCCAGCUUAAACAGUCUUAUUCUGUGGUAGCUGCAAAACUACGGCUCGUUACUCUGGCAGCAUUAAUGAAACGGACAUUUGCUAGGAAAGGGUCUGUUAUGAAAGCGAUAGUGUUCGUUUCAUGUGCAGACUCUGUGGACUUCCAUUUCGAGGUUUUCUCCAGGCAAGAUUCAGAAAAUAAAAACGAGGGAGAAAAGGAGGGCCUCAUUGUUGCGGAAACCUCAUUUACUACCAAUUUAGCAUCUCAUGUCACGAUUGCCAAAGCAACAGCUUUCUCCAACCCUACUAAUCCAGUUACGAUAUACAGACUCCAUGGUUCUCUUCCCCAACAUGUCAGAACCUCAACUCUCACAUCAUUUGCCCGCCAAAGCGAAGCGGCCGUGCUCAUAUGCACCGAUGUCGCAGCUCGUGGCCUUGACCUUCCAAAUGUCGAUUUUGUUAUCGAAUAUGAUCCCGCCUUUAGUGCAGACGAUCACCUCCACCGUAUUGGCAGAACUGCACGACUCGGACGAGAUGGUCGCGCUCUUAUAUUCCUGCUUCCCGGCAACGAAGAAAAAUACGUCGAAAUUUUGAAAAGUGGCUAUCGGGAUGGUGGCGCUAACAUUUGCCGUACCGACGCUAACGAGACAUUGAAACGUGGCUUUGGAGGAAAUACCGAAAUGGCGAGCAAGGGUUGGGAAGCGAAGGCAACCGAAUGGCAGCUUGACAUCGAGCGCUGGGCACUUGAGAAUCCUGCCAUUCUCGAGAUGGCCAGACGAGCAUAUCAGUCUCAUAUCCGAGCUUAUGCCACGCACAUUGCGGGUGAACGAGAUAUGUUUAACAUCAAGGAUCUGCAUUUAGGCCACUUAGCAAAGAGCUUUGCGCUACGUGACAGACCCGCUAAGAUCAAUGUUCCUGGUCUUCGACCGGGUAUAGAUGAUACGAAGAAGGAAUUCAAGGCCGAUAGAAAACACACUAGAGAUGGUGCCCAAGAUGAUAGCAGCGCAGUCAUCUCUGAUGGAGCGCGUAAAAUGCGGGCAAAGUUGAAGGAGCAUAUGGUGGGCGCUAGUGAAUUUAAUAUUGCGUAA